AUGGGUAGGAUUAUGAAACCUGGCAAGGUGGUCAUUGUACUGUCUGGACGAUUUGCUGGUAGGAAGGCCAUCAUUGUUAAGAACCAUGAUGAUGGUAGUAAUGAACGACACUAUGGUCAUGCCUUAGUGGUAGGUAUUGACAAAUACCCACUGAAGGUAACCAAAAAUAUUGGAAAGAAACGUGUAAAGAAGCGUACCAGAAUCAAGUCGUUUGUACGUGUACUGAAUUAUAACCAUCUAAUGCCAACAAGAUACACUGUUGAUAUAACAUUUGAUAAACAAGUAUUAACAAAGAGAAUUAAGAGAAUUGAAAGGAGAAGACGAGCCCGGUUCUUAAUCAAGAACAAGCUAGAGGAAAGACACAAGACUGGAAAAAAUCGUUGGUUCUUUCAAAAAUUACGAUUUUAA